GUGAUGUAGCAAAACAAAAGAAAAAAAAAAAGAAAAGAAAAGAAAAGGAAGCCAGGUAUGGUGGCAGAAGCCUGUGGUCCCAACACUCUGGGAAGCUGAGGCAGGAGCAGCGCAGCCUAAGCAACUAAACAAGACCCUGUCUCAAAAAAUAAGAAGCGCUGGAGAUGCAGCUGCAUGUGAAGAUGCUAGGUUCAAACACCAGUAGCACACAAGAAGGAAAAGCUGGAGCGGCUCAGGCAACAGAGCAGUGGGAGCCUGGGCUGGCCUCCCAAGACCUUAGUUCUCCCUGCCACAGGCUGGGAGGCUGCAACAGCUGGGCUAGUUUUGUGUUGGAGGACACUUCUAAAAAAGUUGCAUAUUUUCUGCUUUUUGAAAAUAGCUUAUGCGAGGCUUCAGUUUGGGGCCCUCAUGCCUCAACCUUUGGAAUCACAGAUGAGUGGCACCACGCUUGUCCACGUGGUAGUCCGUGUCUUUCUUUGCCUGCUGACUUUGUUCCCUGUCUUUGUUUUGCCUCUGCAACUGUGACUGUCACUCCCUGCUGUGGAAGCCGGCUCUUCCCUGCAUGUGUGGAAAUUGGCAGGGCAGCCCGGUGCUGGCUCCACACGUGGUGCUUCUGUCAUGCACACUCAGGAUUGUCCCUUCUGGCUGCUGUGCCUUGGCCCGCCCCCUGCACCUGUGCUGCUGGACACCAAGGCCUGAGUACCUGUGCAUGGUGGUGGCAGCACCAUGGGGCCCUGCUGCCAUGGCAGUGCUGGUUGGACGGCCCUGCUACCUGCCCAUGCGUGGCUGGCACUCAUCGCCCCCUCUCCAUGAUGACUCUGUGGUGGAGAAGUCCCUCAAGUCUCUGAAGGACAAGAACAAAAAGCUGGAGGAGGGCGGCCCUGUGUACAGCCCAGCAACCCCAGCAGCGGUGCGCAGGUCCCUGGGGCAGCGCGUGCUAGACGAGCUCAGGCACUACUACCACGGCUUCCGCCUGCUUUGGAUUGACACCAAGAUUGCUGCGCGCACACUCUGGCGCAUUCUGCAUGGUCACACGCUAACACGCCGGGAGCGGCGGCAGUUUCUCCGCAUCUGUGCCGACCUGUUCCGCCUGGUACCCUUCCUAGUCUUCGUGGUGGUGCCCUUUAUGGAGUUUCUACUGCCUGUGGCUGUGAAGCUUUUCCCCAACAUGCUGCCAUCAACGUUUGAGACACAGUCCAUCAAGGAAGAAAGGCUGAAGAAGGAGCUGCGGGUCAAGCUGGAGCUGGCCAAGUUCCUCCAAGACACCAUUGAGGAGAUGGCCCUGAAGAACAAGGCAGCCAAGGGCAGUGCCACCCAGGACUUCUCCGCCUUCUUCCAGAAGAUCCGUGAGACCGGGGAGAGGCCCAGCAAUGAGGAAAUCAUGCGCUUCUCCAAGCUGUUCGAGGAUGAGCUGACACUGGACAACCUCACUCGGCCGCAGUUGGUGGCGCUGUGCAAGCUGCUGGAGCUGCAGUCCAUCGGCACCAACAACUUCCUGCGCUUCCAGCUCACCAUGCGGCUGCGGUCCAUAAAGGCUGACGACAAGCUCAUUGCUGAGGAAGGGGUGGACACCCUGAAUGUCAAGGAACUGCAGGCCGCAUGCCGGGCACGGGGCAUGCGAGCCCUUGGUGUCACUGAGGACCGGCUGCGGAGCCAGCUGAAGCAGUGGUUGGACCUGCACCUACACCAGGAGGUGCCCACAUCGCUGCUUGUGCUGUCUCGGGCCAUGUACCUCCCUGACACCCUCUCACCUGCUGACCAGAUCAAGUCCACGCUGCAGACCCUCCCAGAGAUUGUGGCCAAGGAGGCUCAGGUGAAAGCGGCUGAGGUGGAGGGCGAGCAGGUGGACAACAAAGCAAAGCUGGAGGCCACACUACAGGAGGAGGCUGCCAUCCAGCAGGAGCACCAUGAGAAGGAGCUGCAGCGGGCUGCAGAGGCCCAGGUGGCAAAGGGCACUGAGCUAGAAGGUGUGGGUGCCACCACCCUUGGGAAGCCCAUUGCUGAGCCACAGCUGGAGGUACCUGACGUGAUCCUGCCCUCUGUGGUCCUGAAGGACACCGCCCCUGUGCUGGAAGGCUUGAAGGAAGAGGAAAUAACUAAGGAGGAAAUCGACAUCCUGAGUGAUGCCUGUUCCAAGCUGAAGGAGCAGAAGAAGUCGUUGACCAAGGAGAAGGAGGAGUUGGAGCUGCUGAAGGAGGAUGUGCAGGACUACAGUGAGGACUUGCAAGAGAUCAAGAAGGAGCUUUCCAAGACCGGCGAGGAGCAGCUUGUGGAGGAAUCAAAAGCCAGCAAGAGGCUGACAAAGCGGGUACAGCAGAUGAUCGGCCAGAUCGACAGGCUGAUCGCGCAGCUGGAGGCAGGCCAGCAGUCCGGCAGGCUGGGCCCAGCGCAGGGUUCACCCGUGGGGGAGAACGUCAUCAGUGUCACAGAGCUCAUCAGUGCCAUGAAACAAGUCAAGCACAUUCCAGAAAACAAGCUGGUCAGCUUGGCCUCUGCGCUGGAUGAGAAUAAGGAUGGCAAAAUCAAUAUCGACGACCUCGUCAAGGUGAUCGAGCUGGUAGACAAAGAAGAUGUGCACAUCUCCACCAGCCAGGUGGCUGAGAUUGUGGCCACACUGGAAAAGGAAGAGAAGGUCGAGGAGAAGGAGAAGGCCAAGGAGAAGGCUGAGAAGGAGGCAGUGGAGGCAAAGAACUAGGGCCUUCGCUCCGCACCAGCACGGUGGGGAUGAUGUGAAAGUGAUUGCUUUGAGGUGAUUCUUGUGGCAGUUCUAAUACUACCUGGAAUAAAUCAGAAACUUCAUGAUCAAAUAAUUUUAAUUUUCAUCAUUCCACAAAGACUCAGUCUGGAUUCCUAGGUGCCUCCAGGAAACUGUGACUGGACUCACCAUGGUGUGGUGCUGAUCGCCUGGAGGUCGCUGACUGGGCCAGGCCGGGCAGGAAGGUUCGACCUGUGGAGCCGGCCAGAAGUGCUGCACUGCAAAGCACCAGACCCAGCCCCGGGCUGAGGGCACUGCUCCAGCCAGUCCUAGAUACUGAUUCCACACAUUGGUGGCAGUGUCUGCCUGAACACAUCACUAAGUCGAGUCCACGUACCUGUUGAGGCUGCCGUGGCUGUGGCCGCUCCGUGCCUCUCCCUGACCACAUGCCUGUGUCUCCUGUGGAUCUCGCUGUUUACUGGACUCCUCCUUGAUUCACUUUGCCUGGCACCCCAGCCUGGGGUUCACCCAUGAACUGAUGAUCUCUGAAAUGACAGCUUGCCUGGCUCUCGAGCAGCAUCUAACGUAGUCAGGACUGGAGCUCUCAGGCUUGGGCGUGAGCCACUGCCCCUGGAGCAUGGGACGCACUGUCCUUCUGACCAGCCAUCCCCAGGCCUCAUCCCCUUGCAGCACCAGACCCUGUAUGGCUUCUUCCUUGACGAACCCCUGUCUGCAAGGACAGGCGGGCACAGAGGGCCCCAUGCUUGGGAUGACUGGUUUUGGGCUGUCGGCCUCUCCACAGGCUCUCAGUGAGGCCACCAACCCCACCUCUCAGUCCAUAGCUGCCUAGGCAGAGUCAGGCCUUCUCACUUGGUGGCAGACGGCCCCAUGGGGCUCAUCAGUCAUCAGAAGUGUCCUGUGAGAACUCAGACAUGGGACUACAAGGACAGGAAUGGGGCCGGGCAUGCCGCGCUCACGUGAAGAGCCUUCUGAGUCACUGGAAGCUUCUCUGCCUGUAAGGGCAGGAGACCAGCCCCAACUGCCCAAGUGUAUGUGCUGCUGGGAAUGGGCCUGUGUGCGCCCAUCACCGUGUCCCUGCCCAGGGCCCGUCACCAUGUCCUGCUUGGUGGCCUGGCCGGCACCAUGAUGAGCCUGUGGCACUCAGCGGGCAUCUCUGGGAGGUUCUCCCAGCACUGCGUUUUGCUGUACUGACCUAAUUUAUUGCUUUGACACUGUGUGAGAGGUGGCUAAAAGGAAGCAGGCUUGUGUGGGCCAAUGUCCUGGGGGCAGCUGGACGCCCAGUGGCCUGUUUCUCAUCUGCCUGGUGUCUGCACUUGGCCUUUGCUGAAUCCUUAGGAGCUGGGGUCCCAGUGCCACAGCUAUGUUCCCUCUUAUACCAACCUGCCCUGUCCCUGCCCCCGCACGUACCCCUCUGACUCAGGGAUUUAGGAGUCCUUGUGGAUCAGUCUAGACUCAUGAAUGUGGAGGCCACCUUGUAUUUCUAAAAUUGGUGUAAUCUCCUGUAAUCCCAGCACUCAGGAAGCUGAGACAGGAAGAUCAUUAUGAGUGUGAGACCAGCCUGAAUGUACAUAGGGAGACCCUGCUAAAAACAACCAGUCUCCUGAGGGUGGCUGUCAUCAGAGUCCUGAGGACCAGCAAAGGAGCAGUUUCCCAUCUCUUGGCCUGGCCAUGUGUAACAUGAUGUCACUUCUGUGCCGUCUGAACUGGAGACUGCUCAGGAUCAUCAAAACCCCUGCUUUUGUGACAGUGCUGUGGGCUGCAGGGUGGUCCUGUCCAGUGUGCCAGGCUGGCCCAGCACUGUGUGUUGACAAGCAGAAUGUGCUUUCCGGACAUCUGAGAGUGUAAUAAAGUGCCACUUGGUGA